CCCACGUUUCGGGUGAGAAUUUUGACAGAAAUAUUGAAGCAGCGUUGGCGAAGGGAUGACGCUAGCUCGGCUCCUGUGUUUCCUCGCCGCGGUCGCCGGACUACAGGCGGGACCUUCCGCCGUCAGGAAUGUCAUCGACGACCAGAUCAUCGCCGCCCUCGAGAACUUCAGGACGCACAUGGUGGACGGGUGGCCCGAGCUGGGGGUUCCUCCGCUGGAUCCUAUGGUGCUGCCGGAAGUCAGUCUGAACGUGACAUCCGGGACCACGCACCUGCACGGAUCUCUCACCAACUUGACCAUCAACCAGCUGUCGACCUUCACCAUCGACAGCGUCCACAGCAACCUCCUCUUCCUCACCGUCGACGUCUCUCUGGGUCUCCCGAUGCUCGACUUCGCUGGGAGCUACGACGUCGGGGGCGCCAUCGACGUCCUCCCGAUCUAUGGCUCGGGCCCCUUCUGGAUGGACGCUUUCGACCUGAAGAUGUCGAUUGCGAUCAAGCUGGGAGAGACGGAGGUCGGUCUCGGAGUCUCGAAGCUGGAACUGAACUUCGAUGCGAAUUCUACCGAUAUACACUUCGAGAACAUCAUGGGCGGAGGAGACAUGGAGGACUUCGUGAACGGCGUCCUGAGCUCCUUGGGUCCCGACAUCCUGCAGGCGUUGGAGGACGUCUACGUGCCGUGGCUGGAGGAGGCGCUGAGGAAGGAGAUCAAUGAUAUCCUACACGGAAGCUCAAGAAAUUCAAAAGACGAGACAGUUAAUGAUUUCUUCGAUCUCCUCUUCGCCAACAUGAGACAGAGCAUCAUAGAAAACGGACAAGAUCCUCUCUCUCUCCCGAGUGAUAGCGAUAACUUUACUGUUUUGCUCUUCAAUACAACAAUGGAAGGUGAGGUGAGCGUGAGUGGUGGUCACCUGACUGGCCUCUCCACUGUGCACAGGGCGGGCAAUAUGACCCUUCUGUACGUGGGAGAGCAAGACGAGGUCAUUUGGGGCGGAGAAGUGGGACUCAUUGACCUGGAGGCGGACUACACCUUCGGCCUCGUCCUCGCCCUCUUCGGGAAGGACCUCGAGCUCUCCCUCAAGAUGUCCUACCUGCAUCUCAGCUUCGAAACGGACGUCUUCCUCCACCAGUCGAACGUCACCUUCGCUCACUGCAACGUCGAACUCGGCCCUUUGCACUUCAAGGAGAAGGGGGCGGGGCCCUUGGACACGCCCCUCUACAACAUCCUCGCCAACACCCUCCUCGGCGAACUGGCCGGCCUCGUCACCGCGGGCGUGGAGGGGGCCGUCUGCGCUCUGCUGGAGGGCGCCUUCGCUUCUUCGUGAGCGAGGGGCGGGGGGAAAGGGGGAGGAAG